AUGUGCACCAAUGCGGACUGUUUUAUUGGGCUUGUUUCUGAGGUUGUCGGCGUUAAUGGUUUUACAAUGCCAGGAUUGUUACUUUGGUUAUUUUAUUUAAGUGUUUGUGGAUGUGAUUACUUUCAGUCUGCAUCGUCUCUGUUUACUUUGACAGGUUCACAUUAUAUUAUUUCAAAAGGAUCUGUUAAGGAGGCAAAUGCAAGGUACAACAACCUAAACAGCCAUUUAGAAAUCACCUUGUCUGAUACAUCCAUACUAAAACGUUGCACCAAUGAAGAACAACCAGAUCAACAAAGUCCUCCUUUCACGCCCAUUAGUGAAUUGUUUCAUCUAACAAAUAACACGAUGGUUGACAUAAUUGGUCUUGUUCUAUAUGUUGGAGAUAUCAUUCCUAUACAUAGGAAAGAUGGCAGUCAAACACAAAAAUGUGUGGUGAAAAUUAAUGAUCUAUCUAGUUCAACAAUUGACAUCAACUUAUGGGGUCCAAUGGUAGAACAAAAGGGCCUAGAAGUGAAAAAUAUGUUGACCAAUGAUAGUGUGGUUAUCCUUGCUUUGCGUAAUGCUCGUGUUGGCUAUUUCAAUGGGAAGCUUAUAAACAUAACAGCUGCAACAACAUUACAUAUUAACCCAAGUUUUCCAGAAGCAGAGCUUCUAAAAUUAAAAGGAAAGGACCCUUUGCUUGUUGUACCCUUUAUUGCAGAAACUAUCCACAUAGAUGGAAAAUAUACUAGAAUGACAAUUUCUUCAAUCUGUGAGCGGAUGAGCGUCAAACUAGAAACAAUUCAGACAACAUUGCUAGUUAUUCUGCACUUUGUGAACGUCAAUGAUCAAAAUUUCUAUUACACAGCUUGCCCACUAAUAGUCAAUGGAAGGCCUCGCAAGAAAAAAUGUACUCUAUGGGCCACUGCAUUUGAUGAGGGUGGCAUUCACUUGCUACACAAAACUGCAAAACAGCUCUAUGCACUACAAAAUGAUGCAACAACAACAGAGACACCUUCCUCAGUGAUCAAGAGACUACUAUCACGUUACUAUUCAUUCACAGUGUUGCUUUCUACUAAGACAUAUAAUUCAGAAUCAAAGAUGAAAAUGACAGUCAAUAAAGUUGCUCCUGUUGACUUCAAAGUUGAAUGCCAUGCACUACUUGCAGAAACUAGCUACCUAAGUACAGAGAGUUAG